AUGGGGGAACAAAAACAAAUUGACGGCAAUGUCCUCGCCGCAAAGUCUCUCGCCCAAUUCGGCGUCCACCACAUGUUCGGCGUCGUUGGAAUCCCGGUCACCUCACUCGCCACACGUGCCGUUUCCCUCGGCAUCCGCUUCAUUGCCUUCCACAACGAACAAUCCGCCGGUUACGCCGCAUCUGCUUACGGUUACCUAACCUCCAGUCCCGGCGUAUUCCUUACCGUCUCCGGUCCCGGUUGCGUCCACGGUCUCGCCGGUCUCUCUAACGCUGGAAUCAAUACCUGGCCUACCGUCAUGAUCUCUGGCUCUUGUAAUCAAAGCGACUGCGGACGUGGCGAUUUUCAAGAGCUUGAUCAGAUUGAAGCGGUUAAGCCUUUUACCAAGUUCGCUGUCAAAGCGACGCACAUCUCUCAAAUCCCUAAUUGUGUCGCACAGGUUCUCGAUCACGCUGUUUCGGGUCGACCCGGUGGUUGCUAUUUGGAUCUUCCUACCGACGUAUUGCAUCAGACGGUUUCUCAAUCCGAAGCUGAAUCGCUCUUGACCGAAGCGAAAGCGCUAGCAGAGAAAAACAAGGAGAAUCGUAGUACAAAAGUUGAUGCUUCGAAGAUAAAUCAAGUUGUUUCGCUUCUGAGAAAUGCCGAGAGGCCUUUGAUUGUGUUUGGGAAAGGAGCAGCCUAUUCAAAAGCAGAAGAUCAAUUGAAGAAACUGGUGGAAACUACCGGAAUUCCGUUUCUUCCAACUCCCAUGGGGAAAGGUUUGUUGCCGGAUGAUCAUCGCUUGGCUGCCUCCGCUGCUAGGUCACUCGCCAUUGGGAAAUGUGACGUGGCAGUUGUUAUCGGGGCGAGGCUGAAUUGGCUUCUUCAUUUUGGGGAAUCUCCAAAGUGGGCGGAGGGUGUGAAGUUUGUAUUGGUGGAUGUGAGUAGCGAAGAAAUUGAGCUAAGGAAACCGUUUUUAGGUUUAGUUGGAGAUGCUAAACAAGUUUUGGAGGCUCUAAACAAAGAGAUUAAGGAUGAUCCGUUUUGCUUGGGGAACACUCAUCCAUGGGUGGAUGCUAUUUCAAAAAAAACAAAGGAGAAUACUUCUAAGAUGGAGGCUCAGUUGGCGAAGGACGUUGUGCCGUUUAAUUUUCUUACGCCUAUGAGGAUUAUAAGAAAUGCUAUCUCGGAAUGGGGUGGAAGUCCUGCUCCUGUGGUGGUUUCUGAGGGUGCUAAUACCAUGGAUGUCGGUCGAGCUGUAUUGGUUCAGAAGGAGCCAAGGACUAGGUUGGAUGCUGGCACUUGGGGAACUAUGGGAGUUGGUCUUGGUUAUUGCAUUGCUGCCGCUGUUGCUUAUCCUGAUCGCCUCGUUGUUGCCGUUGAAGGAGAUUCUGGAUAUGGGUUCAGUGCCAUGGAAGUUGAGACAUUGGUUCGAUACCAACUAGCUGUGGUGGUGGUUGUUUUCAACAAUGGUGGUGUAUAUGGUGGUGAUCGUAGAAGCCCAGAAGAGAUAGAUGGACCUCACAAAGGGGAUCCUGCUCCGACAUCAUUUGUUCCAAAUGCAGGGUACCACACUAUGAUGGAAGCUUUUGGUGGAAAGGGUUAUCUUGUUAGGACACCUGAUGAACUAAAGUCAGCUCUCUCAGAAUCAUUCUCUGCUAGGAAACCAACUGUCAUAAAUGUUGUCAUUGAUCCUUAUGCCGGUUCUGAGAGUGGGAGGAUGCAACACAAGAAUUGA